GUAUGUGUAGCUCAACGCGCAGGUUCAACAGCUCUCACAGUCUUCGCAGCGACUCAGCAGAGGCAUAAGGGGAACGUUUGAGGACUCUUGACAGCUUUCAGAGACUGCUAUGACAUCUCGCAGGUGGUUCCACCCCAACAUCACCGGAAUCGAGGCAGAGCAGCUCCUGUUGACCCGGGGAGUCCACGGCAGUUUCCUGGCCCGGCCCAGCAAGAGCAAUCCGGGGGAUUUUACCCUCUCUGUUAGGCGGAACGAUGAGGUGACCCACAUUAAGAUCCAGAACUCGGGCGACUACUACGACCUGUACGGAGGCGAGAAGUUUGCCACACUGGCCGAGCUGGUGCAGUAUUACACCGAGCAACAGGACCUCCUGCGUGAGAGGAACGGCCAUGUCAUCGAGCUCAAGUACCCACUCAACUGCAAGGACCCCACCUCUGAGAGGUGGUACCAUGGGCACCUCUCUGGGCGAGAUGCAGAGAAACUGCUCACAGACAAAGGCAAAGCCGGCAGUUUCCUGGUACGGGAGAGUCAGAGUAAACCGGGCGACUUCGUCCUUUCGGUUCUCACCAAUGAAGAGAAACACGAGAAUGUUGACCGCAAAACCAAGGUCACCCAUGUUAUGAUACGCUACCAGCAGGAUGGUAAAUACGACGUGGGUGGCGGUGAGAGGUUCGACACCCUGGCUGACCUGGUGGAUCACUAUAAGAAGAACCCCAUGGUGGAGAAAAGUGGCAUUGUAGUGCACCUCAAACAGCCCUUUAAUGCCACAAGGAUAAAUGCAGCCAACAUUGAGAAUCGGGUACGAGAGCUCAACAAAGUAGCAGACAACUCCGAGAAACCCAAACAAGGAUUCUGGGAAGAAUUUGAGGUACUUCAGCAGCAGGAGUGCAAACUGCUGUAUCCCCGGAAAGAAGGCCAGAAGCCAGAAAACAAGAGUAAAAACAGAUACAAGAAUAUCCUCCCCUUUGACACAACACGGGUUGAAAUCAGGGAAGCAGAUCCAGAUGUUCCUGGUUCAGACUACAUCAAUGCCAACUACAUCAGAAGUAUGCAUGAAGAGGGGCGCCAUGUGGACGAGGGCAAAGUCUUCAUCGCCACCCAAGGGUGCCUACAGAAUACAGUCAUUGACUUCUGGAAGAUGGUGUAUCAGGAGAAUACACACGUCAUCGUCAUGACCACGAAGGAGGUGGAACGAGGACGGAAUAAAUGUGUCCGUUACUGGCCCGACCUCCAUGGCACAAAGGAGUUUGGGAAGGUGCUGGUAAGGAACGUGGACGAGCGUCCAGCACAAGACUACAUCCUGAGGAAGCUGGAGGUGACCCGUCUGGACCGGAAGGAGCCUCUGAGGUACAUUUGGCACUAUCAGUACCUAAGCUGGCCGGACCACGGGGUGCCCAACGAGCCCGGUGGCGUCCUCUGGUUCCUAGAGGAAGUCAAUCGCACCCAGAGUACCAUUCCAGACACUGGACCCAUUGUCGUCCACUGCAGUGCAGGCAUCGGUAGGACAGGCACCAUUAUCGUCAUUGACAUCCUUAUUGACAUCAUUAACCGCCAAGGUCUAGAUUGUGACAUCGACAUCCCUAAGACCAUCCAGAGGGUACGGCAGCAGAGGUCGGGCAUGGUGCAGACUGAGGCCCAGUAUAAGUUUAUCUACAUGGCUGUGCAGCAGUACAUCGACACAGCUCAGAAGAGACUGGAGGAGGAGCAGAGGAAUAAGAUGAAGGAGAGGGAAUAUUCCAAUAUCAAAUAUCCACAGAUGACCAACUCGAGGUCCAAACCCAGCAUGGCAUCCUCGCGCUCUUCUUCUGUGAUGACAAAUGAUGAUUCGUCGAGUGUGUACGAGAACAUCAACUUUAAAAGCCCUCAGACGUCUUUUAGCAGUAACACCAGGAGGUAAAGCCGUCACUGUGGACCUCCACAUCUCUCUGUCUGCCUCUCUUUUCAGCUGAGGUUUCGCUUCGUCAGCGCCUGAAAAAGCCUCGGGGUAGGAGGGAGCAUGUUGCUCUGAAUACACCCCACACCAGUGGACCCUGCCUGGGCUGAAGGUGGCGAGCUGACCCCUCCCCUGCCGUCCUGCUGGACCUCUGUCUGGAGUCAAACCGUACCCUCUGUAGAGAGGGUGUAGAGGACUCUACAGUAUAGCGCUCUCACUCAGGACCCUUGUCCUCAACCCUCUUUCUCUCCCCCCACCGCUGCAGCCUCUCCCUCUCUCAACCAGUGCAAGUGCCUUGUCACAGGAUGUGUCUGUAAUCUAGCCUCCCAAAACUUGCUGUUACAUCUCUACUGUUACUACUUUUCCAAAGCUUUGGAAGUUUUCCUUGGGGUAACAAACAAUAAACGUGGAGUCUGCCCCCGCCUGAACUAAACAGAACUGUACGGGACCCAAGAAGAGGUCAAAGCUAGGCUGUUUGUCCACUCGUUGCCAGAAAUCAAUCUGUUCACUAUCCCUCUUCUCUGACUUUGCUGGCGUGCAUUCGGACUUGAACUUAAGACUGUUUUAGUGGUCUUCUGUCUCUCCAGCUGUGGUAGUUUUUAAUGUGGCUGCUGAGUGAUAGCAUGGGCAGUUACAUAACUUGCUGCAGGACCCUGGGUCACAGGGAGGGCAAGCAAACCCUCUUCUUUAUCAAAUUUUGAAAUAUUAAUUUUAAGUAAAUGUGUGGGUUUGUUUUCUUUUUUUUUUUGUCUGUCAGCUUGUUUUCAUCAUUUCUUUGUGUUUUGUUGAUACAUUUGUGUAACAUUUGAGAUGUUGAUUUUAUGAUAUGUAUGUGUGUGUUUAUACAUAUGUAUACACACACACACACACACAUAUAUACACACAUAUAUAUUUAUACUUAUUUAUAUAUGUUGUCAUGUUUAAGCACGGUUGUCUGCGCAGCAUCCCUAGUACUAAUUUUGAUUUACCAGUAGAUAGUAAUAAUAGUUUAAAGUCCAUAUUUGACAGGAAACGGUGGAGAGGAUUCCUGAAUGGGGGGUUGGAGUUGAGCUUGGCUGACCCCCGCAUCUCAGCUCUGUUCGACUGGCUGUCCUCGUUAAUCAGCGGGUCUGAUGCAGUUCAACAUCUGUCGGAGGAGAUCGUCACAAGGAGACAAGGGAAAGGGGGACGAUUACAGUGGGCCAGAUGGCCAUCUGCCUGAGAUUGAAGAAUAGAUUUGUCUCCAAAAAGUAAUUUAGAAGAUGGCCAUAAUCCAGGCUUGAUGAUAGCGGGGCGAGUAAGCCGGCAUCAUUGAUGUGAUAAGGAAGAUGGUGGUGGCGCAGAGCACCGAGCCCUCUGCGCUGUCUGGCAGAUUGUUCACUAUUUUUAGCCUCCAGGAUCAGCACCAAAAUAUCCCACUCAAACACAAGUGCAGAUAUGUUGGUGAAAUCUGACUUAGCUUGUUAAAAAUGUAACAACUUAAUGGCCCUGAACACCUUAACUAAAGUCUCACAAUAGGAAGAUGUCAUGAUACUACUUUUUAUUUAAUGUUAAGGCAUCAUAAUAAACCAUGAAUGAACGGCACUUGUGCUCAGACCAUUCCUCUUUCUCCACCAACAGAAAUGUUGGACUAACCAGGUCAAGGACACUCGCAGGCUGGACUCACCUUGUUGUCUUCAGUCAUAAAUUGGCCAGUUUCUGCAGCUGCAGCGCGUGAUUUAAAGUACAGCUAAUCAAAAUGUACUGGAGUAAUAGUACUCUCAACCGAUCUGAUACCGUUGACCUUGUGGGAAAUAUUAAAAUACAAUAACAAUACAACCUGCAGCAGCCAUAUCAUCCUGUCUGACUGCUGAGUUCUGUCUUUUAAAGGCUUACAAGAGCACAUAGUGGUUUUAUUAAGGUCUCAGUACAUCAGUUGAAGCUUUGUCUGUCUACUGAUUUCAGUCACUUGUCUGUCUGUGUGGAGAGUUUUCCCAGAGAGUAUAAGUUGUUGCCAAUGUAUUUUAAUGGCUGAUUGUUUAUGUGAAUAGAAGCUAUGUUUUAUGAAAUGAGUGGCAUUGAUGCCCUGUGUCAGUGAAGGCCCAUGUCUGUUAGAUAAAUGCUGCACCACUCAAUGUACUUCAGUUGAAUUUGAAUGUUUGAAUCCCUCUGGGGCUUUUUUCCCUUUUGUUCUUUUCCCAUCUGAACUGUCCGAUGAAUGAGAAAUGACUUUUGUGGGUUUUGUUUCUUGCGCUGUGGAUAAUUUAGAUUUUUAUUGUAUUUUACUUUGUCUCUAUGGGUCAGAUUUUUUUUAUGAUAUGAUGAAACAUCAAUACUUGAAAGUGUGAAACUGCUGAAUCUUUGGCCUCAGGCUGUGUGUGGAUGUCCCUUGGCUGUGGAAGUAUUUUUGGUAGUGCACUAGGUUUUUGCCAUCAGUGUUGGGGUUUUUUGUUUUUUGUCCUGUUGUUUCAUUUUGCUGAUAUGUUUCAAAUUGUAUUUCUAAUUGAUUGUUUUAUCCACUCUUGCAUUUUGUAUUGUGUCUGAAUUAUUAUUAUUACUAUUAUUAUUGGUGUAAUUUCACCAGCGAUAAGUAAAUUCUGGAGUUGAACCAGUGUACAUUGAGGAAUGCAGUAGUAACACGGUAUUUUCUUUCUGCUUGUCCUCUUUCAUUUACUUGAACAUUAUGUUGAUGUCUUUUUGUUUUGAUUCCUUGUUCCUCCGUUGCUAACAGUAUGCCUGAAGUGAGUCGUGGUGUACUGAUUGCUCCCAUGUUGUUUCCUCUUCUUGCACUGGCUUUGCCCAGAUGCCUUUUUGCUGUAUAGGCUACAACUGCUGAUGCAAUGAGCUGCCAGAAAUGGCAUCAAAAUGGUUUAUUAUCAUAUACAGUUUAAUAAAAAUCUAUGAUGGCACUAUGUAAAGUUA